CACAUCCGCGAGACUUAGAGCCCGUGUGGCAGCGGUGCGGAGCGGUCGGGUUCUCAGCGGCGUGGAAACUUGUGGUGCUGACAGGCUGCGGCCGAGCCUCCGUGAAGAAGGUGCAAGAGGUUGGCAGCUUUGCUUGAAGCACAUCGAGCCGGGCGGCGGCGGCGGCAGCAGCAGCAGCAGCAGCAGCAGCAGCAUCUAGGAGUCAUGAGCGACAGCGGCGAGCAGAACUACGGCGAGCGGGUUAAUGUUGAAGAAGGAAAAUGCGGAAGUCGUCAUUUGACAAGUUUUAUAAAUGAGUAUUUGAAGCUCAGGAAUAAGUGAAGCUGAAAUUUGAAAAAAUUAAAGAAUGCAUGCUAAUUAUCAGACCAGAAGUCCCACUUGUAGAAUAUUGAGCAAUUUGUGUGAAGUGGGGAAGAUGAAAGAAGUCAGAAUUUGAAACGGAAGAAUGAAGAAAAGAAAUAAAAAUGAAGUUAAGAUAAGAAGUAAUCUGGAAUCAGAAAGCACUACGCUAACUGAAUAGAAGAGUCAGCUGAUUGUAAUGAUGUUGCCUUCAGUUGGAUGGAACAAGUACACAUCAAAGUAAUACUCAAUGAUAGCCAACCAACAGCUGUCUUCUACCCUAUUGGAGAAGCCAAGGAAUCCCGUUCUGCUUCCAGAAGUGGAAGUGCUCAUGGAUCUGGGAAAUCUGCAAGGCAUACCCCUGCAAGGUCUCGCUCCAAGGAAGAUUCCAGGCGUUCCAGAUCAAAGUCCAGGUCCAGAUCUGAAUCUAGGUCUAGAUCCAGAAGAAGUUCUCGAAGGCAUUAUACAAGAUCACGAUCUCGGUCUCGCUCCCAUAGACGAUCCCGGAGCAGGUCUUACAGUCGAGACUAUCGGAGGCGUCAUAGCCACAGUCAUUCUCCCAUGUCUACUCGCAGACGUCAUGUCGGGAAUCGGAGAGGGUGGAAGGGAGGGGGAGAGACAGAGGGAGAGAAACAUCGAUGUGAGAGAGACACAUCCACUGGUUGCCUCCCGCACACGCCCCGACCGGUGCCGGUGAUCAAGCCUGCAACGGAGGCAAAUCCUGAUCCCAACUGUUGUCUUGGAGUAUUUGGAUUGAGCUUGUACACUACAGAAAGAGAUCUAAGAGAAGUAUUCUCUAAAUAUGGCCCCAUUGCUGAUGUGUCUAUCGUAUAUGACCAGCAAUCUAGACGUUCAAGAGGAUUUGCCUUUGUAUAUUUUGAAAAUGUAGAUGAUGCCAAGGAAGCAAAAGAGCGUGCCAAUGGAAUGGAGCUUGAUGGACGUAGAAUCAGAGUUGAUUUCUCUAUAACCAAAAGACCACAUACCCCAACACCAGGAAUUUAUAUGGGGAGACCUACCUAUGGCAGCUCACGCCGUCGUGAUUACUACGACAGAGGAUACGAUCGAGGCUAUGAUGAUCGGGACUACUAUAGCAGAUCAUACAGAGGAGGUGGUGGAGGUGGAGGAGGAUGGAGAGCUGCUCAAGACAGGGAUCAGAUUUACAGAAGGCGGUCACCUUCUCCUUACUAUAGUCGUGGAGGAUAUAGAUCACGUUCCAGAUCUCGGUCAUACUCACCUCGUCGCUAUUAAAGCAUGAAGUGGACGGCUUUCUGAAACCUAUCUUAGAGUUUGGAUAUUGUUUGUGGACAAUAUUUUUUAUUGUCUCCUGUUUAAAAAGUGAACAGUGCCUAGUGAAGUUAGGUGACUUUUACACCUUUUAUGAUGACUACUUUUGGUGGAGUUGAAAUGCUGUUCUCAUUCGCAUUUGUGUAGUUCGGUGCUUUGUUCCAAGUUAAGUGUUUUCAGAAAAGUAUGUUUUGCAUGUAUUUUUUUACAGUCUAAAUUUUGACUGCUGAGAAGUUUUUAUUGUACAAAACUUCAUUUAAAGGGUUUUUCUACUGAAUCCAGGGUAUUCUGAAGAUCGAAGCCUGUGUGUAAAAUGCUACCAAAUGGCAAAAAGCAACAAUAAAGUUUGAUUUUUACUUUUCUUUCUAA